AUGGCCACGGUGGCAGCGGCGGCCCGCGGGGCCGGGGCGAGGGCGGCGGCGGGGCUGCGGAGCGGCGGCGGGGCUGUGGCUCGGGGACGGCCGCGCGCCGGCUGCGCUCGGCGCCUGUGCACUGCCCCGGCUGCCCCGGCUGCCGUGGACAUGAAGAGCUACCUGUGGGCGCGCUACCACGAGGCGAAGAGGAGCACGGAGGAAUUGGUUCCAUCCAUCAUGAACAACUUGCUGAAUCCAGACGCCAUUUUCUCCAACAAUGAGAUGAGCCUGUCAGACAUCGAGAUAUAUGGCUUUGAUUACGAUUACACCCUGGUGUUCUAUUCCAAGCACCUCCACACACUCAUCUUCAAUGCUGCCCGGGACCUUCUCAUCAAUGAACACAGGUAUCCUGCGGAGAUCAGGAAGUAUGAGUAUGACCCAAACUUUGCCAUCCGGGGACUCCAUUAUGACGUGCAGCGGGCAGUGUUGAUGAAGAUCGAUGCUUUUCAUUACAUCCAGAUGGGAACGGUGUACAGAGGCCUCAGUGUUGUUCCUGAUGAAGAAGUCAUAGACAUGUACGAGGGGUCCCACGUGCCCUUGGAGCAGAUGAGUGACUUCUAUGGAAAGAGUUCUCACGGGAACACCAUGAAACAGUUCAUGGACAUCUUCUCACUGCCCGAGAUGACCCUGCUGUCCUGUGUGAACGAGCACUUCCUGAAGAACAACAUUGACUAUGAACCUGUGCACUUGUACAAAGACGUCAAGGACUCCAUAAGGGACGUCCACAUCAAAGGAAUAAUGUACCGAGCAAUCGAAGCGGACAUUGAAAAGUACAUCUGUUAUGCUGAGCAGACCCGCGCAGUGUUGGCUAAACUGGCUGCCCACGGCAAGAAGAUGUUCCUCAUUACCAAUAGCCCAAGUAGCUUCGUAGACAAAGGGAUGCGGUACAUCGUGGGGAAGGACUGGCGGGACCUGUUCGAUGUGGUCAUUGUUCAGGCCGAGAAACCGAACUUCUUCAACGACAAGCGGAGACCUUUCCGAAAGGUGAAUGAGAAAGGUGUCUUACUCUGGGAUAAAAUCCACAAGCUGCAGAAAGGCCAGAUUUACAAGCAGGGCAAUUUGUAUGAAUUUUUGAAGCUCACUGGAUGGAGAGGAUCCAAAGUACUGUAUUUUGGUGACCACAUAUACAGCGACCUGGCGGAUCUGACCCUGAAGCACGGCUGGCGCACGGGGGCGAUCAUCCCCGAGCUCCGUUCCGAGCUCAGAAUCAUGAACACGGAGCAGUACAUCCAGACCAUGACUUGGCUGCAGACCUUGACGGGGCUCUUGGAGCAGAUGCAGGUCCACAGAGACACCGAGUCACAGCUGGUUUUGCAGGAGUGGAAAAAGGAGAGGAAGGAGAUGAGAGAAAUGACCAAAAGUUUCUUCAACGCCCAGUUUGGGAGCUUGUUCCGCACAGACCAGAAUCCAACCUACUUCCUGAGGCGCCUGUCGAGGUUCGCUGACAUCUACAUGGCGUCUCUGAGCUGCCUCCUGAACUACGAUGUCCACCACACAUUCUACCCCAGGAGGACUCCCCUGCAGCAUGAGCUGCCUGCAUGGUCAGACAGCCCGUCUGCCUCCAAAGCCCCUCUGCUGCAGGAGGCGCAGGCCAAGUAAUCCUGUGUCUGCCUGAGGAAAAAGCCAGAAGCAUUCAUGGCCUCACAGAGGGUCAAGUAGCCUGAGAGUUACUUCCCAGAGUCAGAUACGCCUUUUGUAUUUUUCUACCUUACCAUGAAUACUGUCCUGUUCAGGUUGAGACAGGAGCUGGCUACCUGAGGCCUCUUGGCCCUUCUCCACAGUGUUGAAACACUGUGAUGUGACCUUGUUUAUCGUGGAACCAGCAACGCCAGACCUCUUGAUGAGUGAAACCUCUUGAUGGCUGGCUGUGUUCUGUAGGGCAAGAGUGGACACUUCCUGAUUCUGUGAGACAUUUCUUGGUUGUUUACAAGCAGCACUGGGGACCGCAAGGGCAUGGUGAUCUGCAAAGGCAACUGGGAGCAGGUUGCCGAGGGGGUAGCCCUGCCUGUGGCCAGUUCCUCCGUCUUCUGGUCCUAAGCUUUCAAAGACAUUUUCACAUAGAAAUCACAGCCUCCCGCAAUGACUUUGUUGUGGAAGAACCAGAAGCAUUUGUCCUCAGUGUAUAUAUUUGCUUUGUCUGUCCCAAGGGGUGAUGGGUGGGUUCCAUCCUCCCCAGGAAAGGCGAGAGGAGACAGCUACUUGUGCUAGAAUUGCCUUUCAGCCAGUGUUCUGGUCAUGAUAGAAGACAAGAAAGAUGCAAAGCCUUGGGACUCAGCCUGUGGCCAGUGCUAGCCUGUGUGCUAGGACAUCCAGCAGACAGCUCGCCAGUGGGAACUGGGAAGGCCACGUUUCAUGCUGAGAGCCAAGCUGGAGAAAUGUCUUUACCCUUCCUCCUCUGGAGAGAAGAAUCCUUUAGUACAUCUGAUUGCAGUAUCUUUGGACAUAUUUGAUGCUUGGGCACCACAGGAGUGGCUGCUGUUAUCUACACAGUUCUGUGUAAUGACAUUUUCAUUGCAAAUGCCACGUUCAUUGCAGAUGCUCGUGACCAGAUUAACCUUGUCUCAUGUGGCCUGACUCCUGUAAGCUUUUGUGCUAAUGUGGCGCUGCUGUCGCUGCUGUGGCUGCUGCCAUAGCUGCUGCUUCUUUCCCUUCCUCCCUUUUUCCCCUCCUUACCCCUGUAUCCCCUCACACCCUGCCCCCAGUUAGGGUCUUGCUAUGGAGCCUGGGCUGGUCUUGGACUCAGUCCUCCUGCCUCAGCCUCCUGAGUGUUGUAUUACAGGCAUGGAACUGUGGUGUGGCAUGCAUACAUGUAAAGAAGGGCAGGGCCAUGAAGGAGACUUGUGGUGAGCGCUUGCUCUUUGGCUUCUUCACCGCAAUAAGUAGAUCCUGACCAGCUGCUGAGGGGCUGCUCCCUUGGCCUGUGGCAGACUGCUUGCCAACAUGCAGAAGUUUAACGAGGGGUCUUUGAUGUUGGUAGUGUUUAACAUUGCUGCGAAGGUCACCCCUCCUCCCUUCUUGUGUUCUAAACACUGUGGUUCCCGUCGUCCCUGUGUAGCCACCAUUUGGCAUCUGCUCAGUGUUGGGGUCCUGAAAGGAUGCAUGCUGCUUGGGACGCCCCUAACUUGUGCUUUGUAGGAGCAGAAUGAAGAAGCUUAAAAAAAAAAAAAAGAGUCUUUGGUUGAAUUGUAGAUUCUUUGGGUGUAGACCAGAUGCCAGUUUCGAGGGUUUGUUUACUCCAGAUUAAGGUGGAGCUGCUUUCUAGUGCUUAUGGUAGGUGACCCAAGCCUUGGGGGAAGAAAACAUCUCCAGGGUUUGAGAAAUGAAUUUUACAGCCUAUUCCUGUGUACAAGGAUCAGAGUCUCGAGGUCACCAAGCAUGACAGUACUGGGAUCAGCUGGGAUGUCGCACCAGACCCGCAGCUGACAGACUGCACACUCAAACCGUGCUCUGGCAUCGUGGGCUGGCACGGCCUCCCUGUAGGAAGAACAGGGCGUUUCCACUGUGUUAUGGUCCUCAUCUAGUGCAGUCGGGACAAGUUUUAGCUUGUCCCUGGGACUCUUGGCUGGGGGUCUGACCCACUGCACUGAUAUCUUGUUCUUUCUAGAGUAUUCUUUUGUGUGCACAUUGAGGAGGGUAUAUAGGUAAAAGGUAAGGUAGGUUUUUUUUCCACCUUAAAAAAAAUCAAAUUGUAAACUGAACAGUAAAAUUAUUUUUAAUAUCUUUAAAAUUGUAGGGUUUUUUUUGACAUUGCUUAGACUGAUUUUCUAAGAAUCAUGUGAACAAAAAUUCAGUCUAAGGGGCAGUCCCUGACAGGAUGCCGUCCAGCAAGGCCAUGGUGUCAGAGGGGCCACUGGAGCGCACUGCUGGGGUUUUCUCAGUGUUACUUUUUCAGGGCAGAGCUGGGCUUUAAAAAUCUCUCAGAUGCUGGGUGUCUGAAGCGCUCGCUUUCCCUCCUAUGAUAGCACACCCUCCCCUCUUCCCCCCCUCCUUCUUUUUUCCCCUUCUCUCCCCCUCCACCGUUUCUCUCCCCCCCAUCUCCUUUCCUCCUUUGGCCUCUGCUCUCUACCCAUGUCUGUCUCCGUCGUGUCCCUCCCCACCCCUUGACCCUCCCCUACCCCCGCUUUCACCAUUAAUACACCUGCUGCUGAUUUGGUCAGAUCUCAGACUAAAUUACUGCUUGCUUUGGACGCAUCAGCCCUCUUACUUAUUGCAAUAAGGGAGAAGUGAAAAGCUCUCAUGCUUUCUACCUAAUUUAGCUUUGGGUGGACUAAACAGCAUCCCCUCCCCUCGGCAAAUGCUAAAAACACUGCAAUUCCACUUUAUCCAAAUGCUCACUUGCUGCCGAAACCCUACUUGGGGGCUCCUGACUAAAAUGCUCAGGAGAGUGAAUCUGGCCAGAUGCAGGGCUCCUUGGGAGUUCUCUUCAGCGGCUAAGGGAGCCCAUCCAUCCUUUCCCUCCUGAGGAUUUUCUUCUGUUUGUUAGUUUGGGACAGGGUCUCAGUGUGUAGCUCUGGCUGGUCUGGAAGUUACUAUGUAGAGCAUGUUGGCCUCAAACUUAAGAGAUCUGCUUGUCUCUGCCCCCACAGAGUGUUGAGGUAAGAGGAGUGUACCACCAGGCCUGGCGUGAUUUCCUUUUGUUGAAUGGGUUGUUUUCUUUCUCCCUUAUUUUUCUUGUUAUUAUUUAUGUUUUUGGCCUUUAUAUUUGGGAACUAGGUUCUUGAGUUCAGCUAAUGUUUCAGACCAUGGCUAGGUUAAGCAAAGGGAAGGAAGAGGAGGGGGCUCUUUUCUAAUAAGGGAACCAUUUUCAACUUCGCAGGGUGCUCCCGUUGCGGCUCCUGUAGGAAUGGAUACGCUGUUCCAUUAGGAUUUGAUUCACCAGCACAGACUGUGGCUUGCUGGCUCCUGCUUGGACGGCAAAAUUCUUUGCUUAGAGCAUGUGGAGCAGCCUUCCAGCUUGGGUAGUUAGUGUAAGGUCUAAGCCAGUGUGCCAUGUCCCCUUAGUUGCCCUGUCUACCACAUGUAUCUGUCUCUGCAUGGCUGGUCAGUGCUGAGUGAGUUUGCAGUUCCUACCGAGAUUGCUUCACUGUGUGGAUUUAAGCUACGACUUGUUGCUCCUUUUAUGACUCUGCUGGGCUCCGGACUGAAGGUCGAUUCAUCCCAGGGGCUGGGAGUGUUGCCGGCUGCUGUGUUUCUCUUUGAGCAUUUCCUUGAUUCGCAGCCCUGCCUUGCCCCAGGUCACAUGCCUUUCCUGGGGGUGUAUAAUCCAUGACUAGGAAGGGAAGAGGGCCUUUGGGGGACAGCUCCAGAGCUCCCUUUGGGGCUACAAGACCUUCCUGUGCUUGCCUUGCAUCUCUGUGCCCCUCCUCUCAACUGGCCUGCCCCUUCCCCUCCGGGUGUCUGUCCCAGUACCCCAGCACCCCAGCACCCCAGCACCCCAGCACCCUCGGAAAAGCUCCCUGCAUGAAGCUUUUGUCUCCAGUCUGUUCCUCCGAAAGUGCUCCUGCGUUUCCCUGUUAGCGCAGGCUUGAGCUCCAAUGUAGGCCCAUUAUUUCCCCCUUGUGCCGUGCGAGGACUGUGCCUGUGUGGUAUCAGGCAUGAUAAAUGCAACAUAGGUUUACUAUUUAUUCGGAAUGUGAAGUUUUGCUAUUUAUUCUACGUGUUGAUUGUAUAUGUUGUGAUAAUGAACUUAAAGCCAAAUAAAAGCUUGAAUUGUGUCGGUUAUGGGUA